CGACAACGCUCACAUAGUCUCUAGCAUCAAGWAACAACAAUACUUUCUUCAGCAGAUUUAWCGAUGGCAAGAACAGGUCAAAAUCAAACAAUGAAAUCAUCCCUUGCUUUUAUCAUCUCAGUGCUGUCGUUGUUGUCAACGAGCUAUUCAACAUCGCACGUUUGUGCAUUUAAUCCAGUUGUUUUUCAUUUGGCUUCAAAACACCAGUCAACGAGCUUUGGGAUUACAUCAACAUCAACAUCAUUUGCGACCCGCCUCAACAGCUUGAAUCAAGAUAUCAACGAGAGCGACAACAGCAACGAGGACAAGGAAGAAYUUCGCAAGGCGCGUGUGGAAAAAGAUCCCUCGAGUUCCAAACGGUUUGCCUCAGGAGAUGAAUUGACUAUGCUAAGAGAAGACAUARAAAGUCUGAAACARAAUUUGGAAUGGGCGAAGGCCUUGAAAGACGACGCCCGUAUCGAAUCUCUUGAAAAGGCAAUUGGGAAAGGGCAAAAGCGUGACCCAUACUUCAUGUACGACAAGGCACAAAAAAUAAUUGCAGAAGCGAAGAAAAUGGAUGAUGUUUCCGACGAAGAAAAAGAKAUUCUUAUUGAGAAAUGGUCAAACGUUGAAUCGGAUGCACGUGAAUUUAUGCCACAUCUCAACAUGGAGGGCUUGUGGGUAGGAGAGUAAGUGGACAAGAUCACUGUUAAAAAUUAUGAUGCACUUUUCGAAUAGAUKGUAGACCUCUUUCAUUUCUCRAAUCGCUUUUCUUAUUUCCUGACGAAUUUUUCUUACUGAUUUUAUUUGCCUUUUAAAAAAUUAGUUAUGGAGAUUCAAAAGGAUUACAACUGAUCAACAUUACCUACACAGGCGACGAGAUAAUUGCGGAAAAAGUGACGGGGGACAUCAAUGUGCCGAGAGGAGAGAGGAGUUUCACGGUUAACAUCAAACCGUCAAACUCAUCCGCUCUUCCGCCAGUGAAGCUUGUCAACGAACAGCGAAGUGGUGAGUUCUAUCGCUUUCCAGGGAAAGGUCAGGUAUCAAGAAAGGGAUUCAAAGAUAAUCGAUUUGUUGAGGGACAAAUGAUCCUGUUCGAAAAUCGAUUCAGCUUCGUAUGGAUCCCUACAAAGCACCACGUACUGUUUCGUCGCCCCUCUCCCGAAAUGACCAUCAAGUUGUUAAGAAAUACACUAAGCAAAGAAGAUGAAAUUGAAAACAUGCGAGAACAUGUGUCUCGCUGCUUUGAUAUGGAUCUCAGUACGGCGAUCGCCCGGGAGCAAGACCCAUUCAUAGUCCACGAACCCUUGCGUCGAAUUUCAACGCAAGAGGAACUCGAAGAGGUCGAACARCGAUUUAAGCAGGGUGAACGCGGAAAUUUGUUUUUACAGAUUGGCAAGUGGCGAAAUUAUAUUGACCAGGUGCUCGACAAGAAAAACUAGGUGCAACUAUCUUGUGAAGGUGUUAUUGAAUAUCAACCUCGACACAUUAUGCAGUACAAACGAAUAGGGUACGAGAUCAAUAAAUUAUACAAUUGAGACAAGUAGCGCUCAAAAAGAGUCAAUUUUCAAAUCCGACGAWAAUGGUUAUCAUCUCGUUUUGAUUCGGUUCCAAAAACUUCUUUCGCUGGCCUCCCCUAAACUUCCGUAGGAUCUUGUAUCGAAUCUCCUCUUUUGUACCUCACACUACAAUCUCUACCGACUUGACGCGACAUAGUAAUCCAAAUAAGUUUCAUUCCACCCAAGGACUUUGCAGAAAAUUCGUAUUCUCAAUCAAUAAGAGUAAURCGAUUAAAUUACCAUCAACUAA